UCAUGCUGCUGCCAGGUCCAGAGUGUCUCAUGGGUCCCUGUAUGGCCUCCCAUUGCUGCUGUCUCCAUCGCCACACUCUGCCAUGUGCCACUUUCAGGUCUCUCUCACACUGCUGGUGUGUUCCAUUUUUUGUCAUAGGGUGCUGGCAGAUUACGGGCCUCCCAUUGCUGCUGCCAGGCCCGUAAUCUGCCGUGGGCCCCUGUACCGCCUCCUCAUGCUGCUGCCAGGUCCAGAGUCUCUCAUGGGUCCCUGUACGGCCUCCCAUUGCUGCUGUCUCCAUCGCCACACUCUGCCAUGUGCCACUUUCAGGUCUCCUCACACUGCUGGUGUGUUCCAUUUUUUG